GUCAGAUUCCUGGAAGCGCAGAACCGAAAGCUAGCCGACGAGCUGGAAAAGCUGAAAGCUAAAUGGGGCAAAGAGACGACUCAGAUAAAAGCCAUGUACCAAGCUGAGCUGGAUGAAGCUAGAAGGCUGCUGGACGAAGCUGAGAAAGAUAAAGCCAGGCUGGAGAUCAAAGUAGCUUCCCUAGAGGAGCAGCUAGAAGAGUCAAGACAAAAAUUCGGCGAUGCGACGAAAGAAAUCAUAGAACAACGCGAGAGAAUCGAGAAACAGAUCCAACAACUUGCAGACUUCGAGGCCGAAGUUGGCCUUCUAAGAAGGAGGGUGGAAAUUCUGGAAAGCGAUCGAGAUAAGGACAAGAAGAUGAUCACCCAACUACAAGAUGGAAUCAACAGAGCCAGAAUUGACCUGGAUAACGAAACUCUGUUGCACGUUGAUGCUGAGAACAGGAGACAAACCCUGGAGGAGGAGUUGGAGUUCUUGAAACAAAUUCAUGAACAAGAGUUGAAAGAGUUGGCGGCUCUGGCCUACCGCGAUACGACUGCUGAAAACCGAGAAUUCUGGAAAAACGAGAUGGGCCAGUGUCUGCGAGAGAUCCAGCAGGUGUACGAUGAAAAAGUUGACAUCAUGAGGGGAGAGAUGGAAACCUUCUACAAUCUGAAAGUCCAAGAAUUCAAGACGGGUGCUACAAGGGGUACCAUCGAGACCCAACACGCAAAGGAGGAGGUCAAGAAGUUGAGGACCAUCAUCACUGAUUUGAGAGACAAAUUUGCUGAAUUGGAAAACAGGAACCUGCAUCUACAACGUGAACUGGACACACUGAGACGCGAGAAAGAGGAGCGUGAGAGAGAGCUAGAAGACGAAAACAACCAAUUAAAAACGGAAGUGGCGAAGUUGAGAGCCGAGAUGGAAGCUAUCCUGAAAGAACUUCAGGAUAUCAUGGAUACAAAAUUAGGAUUGGAGCUGGAAAUUGCCGCUUAUAGAAAAUUAUUGGAAGGAGAAGAGAGCAGACUUGGCUUGAGGCAGAUAGUUGAGCAGAUCACAUCUGGUCAUUUUAGUGGUGGGGCGGAUCACAGCGACUCCAGUCUUCGUAUGAGUCAGCUGAUAAAAGGCGAAAUGUCAGCCAAGACAACCUACCAGAGAAGUGCCAAGGGGCCCAUCUCGAUCGCAGAAUGUGCCACAGAUGGAAAGUUCAUCACCAUUGAAAACACAGGAAGAAAGGACGAGUCUCUGGCAGGUUUCAAGAUCAAACGAAACAUUGACGGGCUGGACAAGACUGAAUAUGCCUUUGAUAAGAACUACGUGCUGAAAAGUGGUGCUAAGGCUAAAAUAUGGGGACAAGGGCAGAAACCCUUGUCAGCCUCAGCCAGCGAUUUGGAAGCCCCUUUUCAAAACUGGGGCCUGGGUGCUAACAUCACAACCAAACUCUUGAGUCAAAAUGGAGAGGACCGUGCCACACAUGUUCAAAAGACAGUUUAUUCCUCCUAA